AUGACAUCUGUUAUUGGUGCGGAUGCUCACUAUUAUGGAUCAAGCACUUUUACCUUGCAAGCAACCCCUGCACGCCCAGAGGUUUUGAAAAGGGGGGCUUCCAAAUCGCAGCCAGCUGACAUCACAAAAGGCAUGACUGAUAUGAAACAGAACCUACGAGACCUCACUCUUGUUCCAAAGGCUGCUGAAGCCUCCCCUCCCCCAUCGCCAUUUCAUGAUGCUCCUCUCGAGCUACGAGGCUGGCUGAAGGGUCGGAUGAUUGUCUUCCUGGUGAAGUGUAUGAGAAAGUUCUUGACUCCGAAAGUCAGUCACGGAUGGAGGAAAACUUUGAGAAUGUAUCUGAAGCAGUUCAUGGUGCUGGGAAUUUCUCAAAGACAAAUCGUAUUCGAGGUUGCUUACUCCGAGUCGAAACCCAGAGUCAAAAAGGAUAUCCUUAGACUCAUGUUCGGCACACACGGCAGAGCACUGAUGGGCAUAGCCAUCAAGUUGAAGUACAAUGACGAAAGGCUCAUCAGUGUCGAGAUCUUCGUGUAUUAUUUCUCAGGAGAAGGCAACUUCUUUCCUGAAGAAGCGGAGCCAUUUAGCGCCAGUGAAAUCUAUGUCAACCAGGACGGGAAAUUGUAUCCUAUUUCAGAGAGGCACAAGGAAGACAAGUUGUUCCAAAUGGUCUGUGCAGAAGUAAAAGGCAAAAGGCAUUUUUAUGAGUGCUCCUUGGCCAGUAAUUGGAUUAUUGAUGACAAUCACCACAGUUCCAAAGAAGACCUCGUAAUCCCACCCGAUUUUUUGAAGCAUGUACCUGAUAGAACAAAAAUGGUUAUAUCUGCUGACAGCCUCUGGUCCGAUCUCAAAAAGGGAUACCAAAUGACCGGAUACUUCAAUUCGGUUUUCGAGCAUUUCAAGAAAGAUGUCGCUGCAAAUAUGUUACCAUGCCAAUAA